AUGAGCGACAAGCGCUUCGACGUGAUCGUGUACGGCGCCACGGGCUUCACAGGAGCGCUCGUGGCCCGGUACUUGGCCAGCGAGUCCGAGUCGUCGCUCGGCAGCCCCACAGCCGUCAAGUGGGCGAUCGCCGCUCGAAGUGCGACGAAGUUGGCGCACGUGAAGGAGCAGCUCAAGGCAAAGCUGCCGGAGGUGGACCCCUCGUUGAUCGACGCUAUUCCAGUGGUCGUCGCAGACAGCAGCAAUGAAGAGUCGCUCGUCCAGAUGGUGCAGCAGACGAAGGUCGUCGUGUCGCUCGUUGGUCCGUACAAACUCUACGGUGAGCUGUUGAUCAAAGCGUGUGCCGAGAACGGCGUGCACUACUGCGAUCUCACGGGUGAGAUCGUCUGGGUCAACGAGAUGAUGGCGUCUUACGGCUCCGCGGCCGCCAAAUCUGGCGCUGUGUUGGUCAACUGCUGCGGCUUUGAGAGCAUUCCGUCGGACCUCACGGCGUUCGUAGUAAGUGAUUACAUCCAGCAGAAACGCCACGCGAGCACGAGUGUCAUUGACCUGUACUAUACUGCGGUCAAAGGCGAAGCCAGUGGGGGCACGCUAGCAUCGGUGUUUACAAUCAUGGAGACGUCGACGACGAAGCAGCUGCGAGCUUCGCGCAAUCCUUUUUUCCUCACAGACGAGAAAACAAUUGCUGAAAAGAAGGCCGCAGGGCUGGUUGAGCCCAAUACGACUGGCAUCCUCGUGCGUUAUGACAAGGCCAUGCGCGCCUGGCAUUCGCUGUUCAUCGGUGGCUCAGUGAACCAGGCUGUCGUGCACCGAAGCAACUACCUUUUGCAGAACAAGUACGGCCGUAACUUUGUCUACCACGAGCGAAUGGCCAUUGGCGGUUUGUUCAUGCAAGUGCUUGCAACCGUUGGGACAGUCCUCGUGACCACUGUGCUCUAUUUCAGCUGGACCCGUGCACUGCUCAAGCGUCUAGUGCGGGCUCCUGGUCAGGGGCCAUCGGAGGAGACCAUGUUGAAAGGCUAUUUCGUCGUGGACGCCGUCGGGUACUCGGAGGAUGGCAAGUUGGCGGCGAGGGCAAAAGUUGUUGGGUCAGGAGACCCGGGCUACCGUCUCACGUCGCGACUUGUGGCUGAGUGUGCGUUCUGUCUCGCCAAGGACGAGUUUGGCGAAUCGUCGCAUCUCGAAGGCGGCUUCUACACGCCGGCCAGCGCUUUUGGUCACAAGUUGGCAGACCGCUUGCAGAAGAAGAACCUGAUUACUUUCGAGCUCAAGGACGUGGAAUAA